ACGGCAACAUGCCUGGUGGAUACAAAGGAGAAUGCGGGGACGAUGUGGACCCCAUGCCGUUCCUGGCUCCCUCGGAGAAAGAGAAGAUCGAGGCCAUGAGCAAGCCCUACGAUAUCAAGAAGUCGUGCUGGGUCAAGGACGAGAAGGAAGGCUUCGUCGCUGGGGAGAUUCAGUCUGAAAGCGACAACCAAGUCACCAUAAAGACGGUGACCAACCAGACUGUCACCAUGAAGAAGGACGACGUCCAGCAGAUGAACCCCCCCAAGUUCUACCAGAUCAGCGACAUGGCCAAUAUGACCUUCCUGAACGAAGCCAGCGUCUUGGACAACCUUCGGCAACGUUACAUCGUCAUGAGGAUCUAUACCUACUCCGGCCUGUUUUGUGUCACCAUCAACCCGUACAAGUGGCUUCCCAUCUACGGGGCUCGAGUGGCUCAGAUGUACAAAGGCAGGAAGCGCACGGAGGUGCCUCCCCACCUGUUCUCCAUCUCUGACAACGCUUACCACGACAUGCUGAUGGAACGGGAGAACCAGUCAAUGCUGAUCACCGGAGAAUCCGGGGCUGGCAAGACUGAGAACACGAAGAAAGUCAUCCAGUAUUUUGCCAACAUCGGCAGCACAGGCAAAGCCUCUGCUGACGGGAAGGGGUCCCUGGAAGAUCAAAUCAUCCAAGCCAACCCAGUCCUGGAAGCCUUCGGAAAUGCCAAAACGACCAGGAACAACAAUUCCUCUCGCUUUGGGAAAUUCAUCCGAAUUCACUUUGGCAGCACGGGGAAACUGGCUGGGGCUGACAUUGAGAGCUAUCUCUUAGAGAAGUCUCGUGUCAUCUCCCAGCAACCUGCUGAGCGAGGGUAUCACAUCUUCUACCAGCUCCUUUCAAACAAGAAGCCUGACCUUAUCGAAUCCUUGCUUCUUGUGCCCGACCCCAAGGAAUACCACUGGACGAGCCAGGGAGUAACAGUAGUCGACAACAUGGACGACGGAGAAGAGCUGCUUCUCUCUGACGUGGCCUUUGACGUCCUGGGCUUCACUGGAGAAGAGAAACUGAGCAUCUAUAAGCUAACAGGUGGCAUCAUGCACUUCGGCAAUAUGAAGUUCAAGCAGAAGCCAAGAGAGGAGCAGGCGGAAGUGGACACCACAGAGGUGGCCGACAAAGUCGCCCACCUGAUGGGCCUCAACUCCGGGGACCUCCAGAAGGGCAUCACCCGCCCCCGAGUGAAAGUGGGCAACGAGUUUGUCCAGAAGGGUCAGAACAUGGACCAGUGCAACAACUCGGUUGGCGCCCUGGGCAAAGCCGUCUACGACAAGAUGUUCAAGUGGAUGGUGGUCCGGAUCAACAAGACUCUGGACACCAAAAUGCAGAGGCAGUUCUUCAUUGGGGUGCUGGAUAUUGCCGGCUUCGAGAUCUUUGAGUUCAACAGCUUUGAGCAGCUCUGCAUCAACUUCACUAAUGAGAAGCUGCAGCAGUUCUUCAACCACCACAUGUUCGUGCUGGAGCAGGAGGAGUACAAGAGAGAGGGCAUCGACUGGGUGUUCAUUGACUUCGGCCUGGACCUGCAGGCUUGCAUUGAGCUCCUGGAAAAGCCCAUGGGCAUCUUCUCCAUCCUGGAAGAGCAGUGUGUGUUUCCCAAGGCGACCGACGCUACCUUCAAGGCUGCCCUCUAUGACAAUCACCUGGGCAAAUCCCCCAACUUCCUGAAGCCCAAAGGCGGGAAGGGCAAAGGGCCCGAAGCUCACUUUGAGCUGGUUCAUUAUGCCGGCACGGUGGGCUACAAUAUCACCGGGUGGCUGGAGAAGAACAAGGACCCCCUGAACGAAACGGUGGUGGGCCUGUUUCAGAAGUCCAGCAUGGCUUUGCUGUGCGUGCUCUUCAAAGAAGAGGAGGCCGCAGCUUCAGGAACCAAGAAGCAGAAAAGAGGCUCUUCCUUCAUGACCGUCUCCAACUUCUAUAGGGAGCAGCUGAACAAGCUGAUGACCACCUUGCACAGCACAGCCCCACAUUUCGUGCGCUGCAUCGUUCCCAAUGAGUUCAAGCAGUCCGGAGUGGUUGAUGCUCACCUGAUCUUGCACCAGCUGGCCUGUAACGGUGUACUCGAAGGCAUCCGUAUCUGCCGGAAGGGCUUCCCCAACAGACUGCAGUACCCUGAGUUCAAGCAGAGGUACCAGGUCUUGAACCCCAACGUCAUCCCUCCAGGUUUUGUGGACAACAAGAAGGCCUCAGAACUUCUGCUGGGAUCUGUUGAGCUGGGAGAGAAUGAGUACAAAAUCGGACACACGAAGGUGUUCUUCCGUGCGGGCGUCUUAGCCAAGCUGGAAGACAUGCGAGACGACCGGCUGGCGAAAAUCAUGACCAUGUUGCAGUGCCGCGGCCGGGGAUUCCUGAUGCGGAUCGAGUUCAAAAAGAUGCUGGAACGAAGGUUGGGCUUGAUAGCAAUCCAGAGGAACGUCCGCAAGUUCUUGCAGCUGCGGUACUGGGGAUGGUGGAAACUGUACAACAAGGUGAAGCCUCUGUUGAACGUGGCCCGUCAAGAGGAGGAGAUGAAGGCGAAGGAGGAGGAGCUGAGGAGCGCCAUGUCCAAGACGCAGGAGCUGGUGGACCGGGUCAAAGAGCUGGAGGAAAAGAAUGCCACCCUCAGCCAAGAAAAGAACGACCUGAACAUCCAGUUGCAGGCGGAACAAGAGAACCUUAUGGAUGCCGAGGAGCGCCUGACCCAGAUGAUGAAGGCCAAGCUCGACAUGGAGAGCCAGAUCUCGGACAUGAAGGAACGCCUGGAGGAGGAAGAGAGCUCCGCCUCGACGCUGAGCGCCAACAAGCGCAAGCUGGAGGGGGAGCUGAACGAUCUCAAGCGGGACCUCGAGGGUCUGGAGACCACCCUGGCCAAGACGGAGAAGGAGAAACAGGCACUGGAUCACAGAGUGCGGGCCCUGACGACCGACCUUUCGGCCCGGGAUGACAGCCUCGCCAAGCUCCAGAAGGAGAAGCGGGCUCUGGAGGAGCUUCACCAGAAAACUCUUGAUGACCUUCAGGCCGAGGAGGACAAAGUGAACCACCUCACCAAAACCAACAGCAAACUGAGCACUCAGAUUCACGAGCUGGAGGACAACUGGGAGCAAGAGAAGAAGAUCCGCGCCGAGGUGGAGAAGGCCCGCCGGAAGGCAGAGGGCGACCUGAAGAUGACCAUUGAGAACCUCAACGAGAUGGAAAGAGCAAAGCUGGACCUGGAAGAGGUGGUGAAAAAGAGAGACUUGGAGAUUAACUCCAUCAACUCCAAAGUAGAGGACGAGCAGUCUCUGAACUCCACACUGCAGAGGAAACUGAAGGAGCAUCAGGCCCGGAUUGAAGAGCUGGAGGAGGAACUAGAAGCCGAACGGUCUAUACGAGCAAAGGUUGAGAAACAGCGCAGCGAUCUCUCCCGGGAACUGGAAGAACUCAGCGACCGCCUAGAAGAGGCUGGAGGGGCGACGACCUCUCAGAUCGAGCAGAACCGCAAGCGGGAAGCCGAGCUGCUGAAGCUGCGCCGCGAGCUGGAGGAGGCCGCCUUGCAGAGCGAGGCCACGGCUUCCACCCUGCGCAAGAAGCACACGGACACCAUGGCAGAGAUGACGGAGCACCUGGAGAGCCUGCAGCGGGUGAAGUCCAAGCUGGAGAAGGACAAGCAGGUCAUGAAGGCCGAGAUCGAGGACCUCAGCGCCAGCAUGGAGACGGUCCAGAAAUCCAAGAUGAAUGCCGAGGCUCACGUCCGCAAACUGGAAGACAACCUGGCCGAAGCCAACGCCAGGCUGUCCGAGAUGGAGAAGAACCAAGCCGAAAUCAACGCCGUUCGGACCCGGCUCCAAGCUGAGAACAGCGAGCUGAGCCGGGAGCACGAAGAAACAAACACUCGACUAAACCAGGUCCUCCGGGUCAAGACGUCCCUCGCCUCUCAGGUGGAUGACUUCAAGAGGCAACUGGACGAAGAGUCAAAGGCCCGAAGCGCAGCCGUGGUGAGCCUGGCGAACACCAAGCACGAUCUGGACCUGAUGAAGGAGCAGCUGGAAGAAGAGCAGGGGGGCAAAGCCGAACUGCAGCGCCUGGUCUCCAAGCUCAACACCGAAGUCACCACCUGGAGAACCAAAUACGAAACCGAUGCCAUUCAGAGGACGGAGGAGCUGGAAGAGACCAAGAGGAAGCUGGCUGCCCGUCUCCAGGAGGCUGAGGAGGCAGCGGAGUCUGCGCAAGCUCGGGCUGCCAGCAUGGAGAAAACCAAGCAGAGGCUUCAGAUGGAAGUGGAAGACCUCACCUUAGAUCUGGAGAAGGCCAACGCCGCCUGCGCAGCCCUCGACAAGAAGCAGCGGGCCUUCGACAAGAUGCUGUCGGAGUGGCAGCAGAAGUGCGAGGAGGUGCAGGUAGAGCUGGACAACUCCCAGAAGGAGUGCCGCAUGUACAUGACGGAGAACUUCAAGCUCAAGACGGCCUACGAGGAAGCCCUCGAGCACCUGGAGUCCGUCAAGAAAGAGAACAAGACCCUCCAGGAGGAGAUUAAAGAUCUGAUCGACCAGCUGGGCGAAGGAGGGAGGAGCGUGCACGAGCUGCAGAAGAUGAAAAAGAAGCUGGAGGUCGAAAAGGACGAGCUGCAGAUGGCCCUGGAAGAGGCCGAGUCUUCCCUGGAGGUGGAGGAGAGCAAACUCAUCCGCAUCCAGUUGGAGCUGGCUCAGGUCAAAGCAGACAUCGACAGGAGGAUACACGAGAAGGAAGAAGAAUUUGAAGCUACCAGGAAGAACCACCAGCGGGCCAUCGAGUCCCUGCAGUCCAGCCUGGAGAUGGAGGCGAAAGGACGGGCCGAGGCCCUCCGCUUGAAGAAGAAGAUGGAGACGGACCUGAACGAAAUGGAGAUCCAGCUGGACCACGCCAACAAGAACAACAGCGAGUUGGUCAAGACCCUGAAGAAGCUGCAGCAGCAGAUCAAGGACCUUCAGACACAGAUGGACGAGGACGCCCGUCAGCACGAAGAGCUCCGCGAGCAGUACAACCUCCAGGAGCGCCGGCUCAGCCUCCUCCAGACCGAGCUGGAGGAAGUCCGCACCGGCUUGGAGGGCAGCGAGCGCUCGCGCAAGCUCAUUGAGCAGGAACUGGUGGAUGUCACCGAGAGGCAAAACGAGCUCAGCGUUCAGAACCAAACCCUGCUGGUGAUCAAGCGCAAGCUGGAAUCCGACCUCCAGCGCAUCACCAACGAACAUGAGGAGGUCAUCAGCGAGUUCCGCGCGGCGGAUGAGAGAGCGAAGAAAGCUGUGGCUGACGCGACGCGUAUGGCAGAAGAACUGCGCCAAGAACAGGAUCACUCCAUGCACUUGGAGAAGAUUAAGAAGAACUACGAGGUCACCAUCAAAGAUCUGCAAGUCAAGAUCGAGGAAGCGGAGCAACAGGCCCUGAAAGGAGGGAAACGCACCAUCAUGAAGCUGGAAACUAAAAUCAAGGAACUGGAGACUGAGCUGGACUCUGAGCAGAAGCGGCACGUGGAGACAGUGAAAGUCCUGCACAAGAACGAGCGGCGCCUGAAGGAGCUGGUCUUCCAGACCGAGGAGGACCACAAGACCAACCACCGCAUGCAGGAGCUGGUGGAGAAGCUGCAGAACAAACUGAAGACGUACAAGAGGCAGAUCGAUGAGGCCGAGGAGCAGGCUAACCAGAGCAUGGCGAGGUACCGCAAGACCGUGCAUGAGUUGGACGACGCGGAGGAGAGGGCUGGAAUGGCUGAGUCGGCGCUGAACAAACUGCGCACCAGGCACCGGGUGUCAGCCGGCAAAGCGUUCACCUCGGUGGAAGUCAUCCAGGUCUCCAAGUCUUCCACUUCCAAGUCGUCGGCAGAGGAAUAGAGCCUGCCUUAGGACCUGCUGCCGGUAGGUGUGAGGCUUCUCCU